UUGAAAUUCUCAUCCUGACUUCUUGAGAGUAGGGGGAGGGAAGAAGGGAUUUUUAUUUUCCCCGAUGAAUUUCAUUGAAAGAUUCUAGAAUCUCUCUCCUUUUAAAAAUCAUAUCUGACUGACAAAAGCUGUCUUGGGGUAAAAUCCACGGAAAUACCUAGAAGGGGGGGUUGAAUAUCUCCCCUUUAGAGGUUAAACCUCUGCUAGGUGGUUUCUUUUGUUUUAUUUUGCUCUGCCUUGCCUUUGUUUGUGGCUUUCCCCUACUUGGAAACGAGAGAAGUCGCUGCACUUCUCUUUCACACAAUCAGUCACGGCGGGCCGAGGUUCAGGCUGAGGAUCCGCAGCUUCCCGAGCUCAAGGAGUCACUUUCAGAGCGUGUGGGGGCGGCGGGGUAUCAGAGGCACCAGGCUUCGUGCCUCCGAGCUGCGCUGACGGCUCUGUUCUGCCGAGCACUUGCAGGCUGUAUAAUUAAGCGGGCAGGCACUGAAUUAAAUCUUUGUAAAGCCCACCGAGCGGGGGGUUCACUGCGAGCUCUUUUCCAGCCGGUCUUGGGCGGCUGGGACAGCAGCAGCAGCAGCAGCAGCGAGCGAGAAGGGAGAGCCCGCCGGACGCCUCAGGAGAGCCGAGCCCCGCUGGCAGCGAGCGCUCCCCGCCGAUGGACAACCUCGGCGGGCCCCUGCCCCUGCCCCUGCUCCUGCUCCUGGCGCUGCUGCCUUCGCUCCGGGGACAAGAUCUGUCAGUGGAAGAAUGCUGUGACAAGGGUGUUGAAUGGGCAAACAAAAACAGAAUAUGUGCUUCUCUGCCGUUAAUAUCCGAGUCUAGAGAAUGCAGCAUGACCCAGGUGCAGUGCUGCCGCAGCCAGCUGGAGAAGCAGUCCUGCUCCGACGGGGUCGAAUUUGCCAACGCGCGUGAGGAGUGCGACUCGCAUAUUGCCAAAAAUUCCACCUGUGAAGCCGAAUACUUCAAGACAUGCUGUUACUGUUGUUUGCUGGGGAAGGCUGCCCAAGUUCAAGGACAGAGUUGUGAGCCCAACCCGAAGAUAGGAUAUCAGUGUGGAAUUGUCUUCAGAAACUGCUGUGGGAAAGGAGAAGAAGGGAUUGAUCUGUCCAUCAGUGAUUAUGCUCCUAAAAAAGAGCCAGUUGAAAUUUCAAAGGAGGAACUAGACCAAGAAGAUCCUUAUCUGCAUGAUGGCUGCAGAGGUGGUGGUCCCUGCUCUCAGCAGUGCAGAGACACAGGAUCCAGUUACGUCUGCUCCUGCUUUGUUGGCUAUCAGCUCCAACCAGAUGGUAUCACCUGUGAAGAUAUUAACGAAUGUAUCACUGGAACACACAACUGUGGGAUUGGACAAACCUGUGUCAACACAUUGGGGUCCUUCCGCUGCCAGCGGGACACGAGCUGCGGAACUGGUUACGAGCUGACAGAUGACAGUCGCUGCAAAGAUAUUGACGAAUGUGAGACUGGUACUCAUAACUGCCCCCCCGAUUUUAUCUGUCAGAAUACUCCAGGAUCUUUCCGCUGCCGACCCAAGCUACAGUGCAUGAGUGGGUUUAUACAAGAUGCACUAGGCAACUGUAUUGAUAUCAACGAAUGCCUGAGUACCAACAUGCCGUGCCCAGCUGGCCAGAUCUGUAUUAACACUGACGGCUCCUUCACCUGCCAGAGAAUCUCACCCAGCUGUGGCCGAGGUUACCAUCUCAAUGAAGAUGGGACAAGAUGCGUAGAUGUGGAUGAGUGCUCAUCCUCCAACCAGCCCUGUGGAGAAGGGCACGUUUGUAUCAAUGCCCCAGGCAAUUACCGCUGCGAGUGCAAAGCUGGCUACACCUUUGAUGUCAUCAGUAGGACGUGUAUUGAUAUCAAUGAGUGCAGGCGCUACCCCGGCCGCCUCUGUGCUCACAAGUGUGAGAACACUCCUGGCUCCUACUACUGCACUUGCACCAUGGGCUUCAAACUUUCAGCUGAUGGCAGAUCCUGUGAAGAUUUGAAUGAGUGUGAGAGCAACCCCUGCAGUCAAGAGUGUGCCAAUGUGUACGGCUCCUACCAGUGCUAUUGCCGCCGGGGAUUCCAGCUCAGCGACAUCGACGGCAUUUCCUGUGAAGAUAUUGAUGAAUGUGCUUUGCCCACUGGAGGACAUAUCUGUUCCUUUCGAUGCGUUAAUAUUCCUGGGAGCUUUCAAUGUACUUGUCCCUCCACUGGGUACAGGCUGGCACCCAAUGCACGAAACUGCCAAGAUAUCGAUGAGUGUGUUGCAGAAAGCCACAACUGCUCUUUCAAUGAGACCUGCUUCAACAUCCAGGGCGGCUUUCGCUGCCUGUCUUUGGAAUGUCCCGAGAAUUACCGCAAGUCAGGAGAUACUGUCAGACUAGAAAAGACAGAUACCAUCCGUUGCAUUAAGUCUUGUCGACCAAAUGAUGUCACCUGUCUGCUGGAUCCUGUCCACACAAUUUCCCACACUGUCAUUUCACUGCCCACGUUCAGAGAGUUUACAAGACCUGAAGAGAUUAUUUUUCUUCGUGCCAUCACACCUACAUAUCCGGCCAACCAGGCAGAUAUCAUAUUUGACAUUACAGAAGGAAAUUUAAGAGAUUCAUUUGAUAUCAUCAAGCGUUACAUGGAUGGUAUGACAGUGGGAGUUGUUCGCCAGGUGAGGCCCAUAAUUGGACCUUUCCAUGCCAUCCUGAAACUGGAGAUGAACUACGUCAUGGGCGGGGUGGUGUCCCACCGCAACAUCGUCAACGUCCACAUCUUCGUGUCUGAGUACUGGUUCUGAGGGACACCCACAGCAAGUGCUGGAACACUACCACAAGCUAUUAUGUCAUAUACUUGUUUUUAAAACCCAAUAGUGUUCUCUUUUUUUUUUUUUUAAAUUUUUAUUUUUAAAUAUUUGGUUUAUAGUUUAAGACAAAUAACAAGCUAUUACGUUGAUUAGACAUAGAGCUGAGCAAAUUAAGUGAGCCUGACGUAGUUGUUUGUAUAAAUACGUAGUGUGUAAAACUGCUCAGCUGCCUGGUGAAGUUUGAAACUUUUCUAAAUGUUUGGAUAGAUCUCAACUGGCUCCUUGGCCAGAUAACCUGGGUGACAGGCUGUGUGACAAAUCAGAUGUCAGUGUUCAUUGGGAUGAGUACACGGUGUCUUUGGAUGGAAGAAGAUGGAUAAGGAUUAAUAAUUUCACCUCAAAUUAACUACCUUGAAGAGGAUUGUCAGAGAGUGAUAAAUAGGUUUGGGCCCUCUGAAUAGGUCCCCAGAACUGCUAAUUAUUCCUGAAAAGUUCAGCCUGGAUAUUUAAAAAGUGCCAUUCAGCUGCAGCUACCAGAGGAAGUGCAAAAGGAAUUAGAAAUACUUAGAAACUAACAAGCUAUAUUGCACAUAUAAAAAAAAAUACUCCUUUUUUUUUUGGUACUUAUUAUUUGAUUGUAAGAUUGAUUGAUUCUAGUUGAACAGGUACCUCUCAUUAAAAUGAAUCUGUUACAGGAACACAGCAUAUUGUUUCAAUUCCAGUCUCACCAGUACUCAGCAAUACGUGGGAACCUAAUACCUUAUCUCCUGUCUGUUAUAAAGUUCCAUGCCUUUUUAAAAUUGGUAAUAAAACUAGCAUGUUAAACUGUACAUUUCCUAUGCACCAAACUGAGGCAUAUGUAAUUAUAUAAUGAAAAUCUCACCAAUAAAUGAAUGUUUAAUGUAUUUUCUGGGCAUCAAAAUACUGUAUCUUUUUUAUUACAGAACAGAAAAGAAAUAACUCCAUGUUUCAGUUUGUUAUGUUUGUUAAGAUAUGAGGAAAUAAAGAAGGUCAGAUGGGAAA